AUGGCUCAGAUGAGAAUCAAACAUCAAGAGGAGCUGACGGAGCUGCACAAGAAACGAGGAGAGAUUCAGCAGAAGAAAGACAAAGAGAUCCAGAGUAAUGAAGCCAAGAUGCUGGAGUAUCAGCAGCAGGUCUCUCAUCUGGAAGGAGAGGGUCGCGAGCUCCGCAACUCUCUGGCCGAUCUGGAACGAGCCAAUCAGACGCUGCGAGAUGAGUACGACGCCCUGCAGAUCACGUUCAGCGCCCUGGAGGAGAAACUACGGAAAACCACAGAGGACAAUCAGGAGCUGGUGACACGCUGGAUGGCCGAGAAAGCGCAGGAGGCCAACAAACUCAACGCUGAGAACGAGAAGGACUCCAGGUCACAAACACAUUCAAUCUGGAUGCUUCUAAAAUACGCUUUCUUUUUAGAUGAUGACAUCGAAGUUCUCUCAGAGGAUGCUGGGAAGGGAACGGGUGAAACGUCACCGGGCAGACAGACCAGUCGCACACCCAGCAGACGAGCGUCUCAGCCUCCUCCUCCUGCUGGACUGCUGGAUUCCAUCUCUACUAUCUUUGGCUUGUCUGAUUCUGUCCAACCUGGUUUCGUCCCAUCGGACUCCAGAAGGCGUCGCUCGGUGAAUUCGUUCAGCUCGUCUCCUGAAGGCGCAGAGGUGCCUUCGGCCUGCGCUGAUGUCCGAGUUCCCUCCACUGCGCUCCACGUCUUUGACGCCCACGAUGGAGAAGUGAACGCGGUGAGGUUUAGUCCAGGUUCCCGUCUGCUUGCCACGGGAGGAAUGGACCGCAGAGUGAAGCUCUGGGAGGUCGUUUCUGGCCGAUGUGAACCUAAAGGUGCGCUGACGGGGAGUAAUGCUGGAAUCACCAGCAUAGAGUUUGAUAGUGCGGGCUCGUAUCUACUGGCUGCGUCGAAUGAUUUCGCCAGCAGAAUCUGGACCGUGGAUGACCUCAGACUGCGGCACACGCUCACAGGGCACAGCGGGAAUGUGCUGCUCGGUUUUCUCCUCGAUAACACUCGGAUCGUCUCCGGCAGCUACGAUCGAACGCUCAAGCUCUGGGACUUACGCAGCAAAGUCUGCAUGAAGACGGUGUUCGCUGGUUCGAGCUGUAAUGACAUCGUCUGCACGGAGCAGUGUGUGAUGAGCGGACACUUUGAUAAGAAAAUUCGUUUCUGGGACAUCAGGUCGGAGAGUAUCGUGCGUGAGCUGGAGCUGCUGGGACGCGUUACAUCUUUGGACCUCAAUCACGACCGGACCGAGCUGCUGAGCUGCUCUCGUGACGAUCUGGUGAAGAUCAUCGACCUGCGCAGUAUUGCAGUGCGACAGACGUUUAAUGCUCAAGGGUUCAAGUGCGGUUCAGACUUCACCAGGGUCACGUUCAGGUGAGUUUGUUUUUCAUAUCGUUUAUGCACCCUUUUAAAAUUGACUAGUUAGUAAGCAGCUUGAGGAAAUCCUGUCUAAUUAGGCUGGUUUGGGUCAUUUGAACUAUACAGGUGUGUUUCUAAUGACUUCUAUAUGGAUGCUAGGCACAAAUCCUCAAUUAUUAAUACAUAUUCAAUUAAUAAUUAGGCUAAAGGCAUUAAAACGGUUGUUUAUAGUGUAGGUCUGGGGUUCCCAAACUUUUUGUCAGCUGAAGGCCAUAGAUGUAAAAUAUUUACUCGAAGCCCCCUAAAAAUGUAAAUUAAUAUUUUAAUAAUGGUCACAUUACAUGCAAGUAAACAGAU